AUGUAUAACGCUGGCAUCAGCGCGUGCGAGAAAGGCAUGCAGUGGCAGCGUGCAAUGUUGUUGCUGCUGGACAUGCAGGACGAGGCGGUGGAGCUUAACAUUAUCAGUUACAACGCUGGAAUUAGUGCGUGCGUGUCGAACGGGCAGUGGCAGCAAGCACUGUCGUUGUUGAAGGACGCUCAAGACGUGAAGCUGGAACGAGACGUGAUCAGCUUCAGUUCAGGAAUUAGCGCGCUGGAGAAGGGUGGGCAGUGGCAGUUGGCUUUGCUUCUGCUCAUGGAGUUGCGUCAAGACUUCCCAGCAAACCUCAUCGCCUAUAGUGCUGGAAUCGCCGCAUGUCGAAAAAGUGGGCAAUGGCAGUGGGCUCUAUCACUGCUGAGGGAAUCGCAGGACAACUUGUUGGAGGCGAACAUCGUGACCUACAUCACUUGCAUUCGUUCGUGCAGGGAGUGGGGCCAGUGGCAGGUUGCGAUAUCGUUGCUAAGCGAGUUAUUUCUGAUUUACAAAUUGAGCGGGAUGCCAUGA